AUGUGUUGUUCGGGUUUACUGAAGAUCCUCAUGUUCAUUGUGAAUGGCGCCAUCUUUCUGGGGGGUGCUGGCCUGCUGGGCGUGGGCGUCUGGGUCACGCUGGACUUGGACUCCAUGCUGGGCUUCCUGAAGUUCCUGGACCACAUCGAGGACGCGCCGGCGGAGCUGAAGCAGCUGGCCAACGUGGGGUACCUGCUCAUCGGCCUCGGAACCGUCCUUGCACUCAUCGGCUUCCUGGGGUGCUGCGGCGUUAUUAUGGAGAAGCGCUGGAUGCUGCUCACCUUCUUCAUCAUUGUCCUCAUCAUCUUCAUCGUUGAAGUGGCCGUAGCUGUGGUGCUCAUCAUGUUCAAGCCGAUGGUGGAAAACCAUCUUCAAGAUAUUGAAGUGAAGGUAGCUGCCAGCGUUGAGAAGACCUACGGGGCGGACGAAGCCCUCACAACCCUCUGGAACACCACCAUGGACAAGUUGAAGUGCUGUGGGUACAGCAACUACACAGACUUCACAGGGUCUCCAUUCGUCAAGACUUCCGGUCUCUAUCCACCGGAGUGCUGUAAGCCGGGCAUACAGUGUACAUUUAAUGUGACCCAAUCAACCGCAUGUUUAUUGCCAUAA